AUGGAUCCUUUGAGCAAGGUUGAAGAUGAACCCCCUUACCAGGUCCUCAAUUUUCUCCACUGCGAGGAUAUUGACUCUUUGUUCCAAGUGGUGUGUCGUGGCCGUCGGUUCCACGUCAGUGUCUCACCGAGUGACUUUCGUGAGGGCGAUUCUACAGAGUCGUCAACGCCGCCCUCGUCGGCUUCAUCACACAUAGAAGAUCAAUACCAGCGUUUGCUCGCAGCUGUACGCGACGACGAUCCCUCGAACAUCGAAGAUCUCAAUCCAGAAGGCUAUCAUCCGCUUGACGUGUUAUAUGAUUGGAUAGCCACACCCUUCUUCCCUCUGUUCCGGAAGAUACCACCAUUACACAAUAUCGGAUCUGGGCCAGGACAGCGCCUGCAGAACCUUGACGAGUACGCCAAUCCUUCCACGCAGUUCUUCCGACUCAAGUGCGUUGAGGGUCGAGUGACACCAAUUCGUUUGAUUGAUGGUGAGCAUGACGUGGUACCACGGCCUUUGUUACGGUUCCUGGACUUGUCGCCCUCAUGCAUUCGCUCGAACGUUCCUAUCUUCUCGUCGCGGGAGAUUCUGAUACCCUGGGACUCGCUGAGUGAAGGUGCAUUGUAUCCCCAGGCCGUCUUCCUGCAUGGCCACCACAAACUCUAUCUCAGGUCGGCAAUGGACUCCAGAUCAGCGGAACGCGAAAUCGACCAUCUGCUUCGUAUCCAAGACUCGGGUCUGCAUAACAUGUUGCUUCUCCCGAAGUUGCAUGGUUACGUCGAGGAUGCAAGCCAGAAACGCAUCAUAGGCUAUCUCCUUGAGUACAUCGAACACCGAGGGACUCUCGACCAUGUGGGAGCUGCCGAAAAAGCCCCACUGGCGCUCCGUCGACGUUGGUACCAGAAGAUUGCAGAGACUUUAAGCGCCCUUCAUGAUGUUGGGAUCGUCUGGGGAGAUGCAAAGGCCGGCAAUGUCCUCGUGGACCACGAAGACAGUGUUUGGGUGAUCGACUUUGGAGGCGGCUACACUGUUGGCUGGGUGGAUGAAGAACUGAGAGAAACGGUUGCCGGAGAUUUGCAGGGCUUGGCCAGGAUCAAAGAAUACUUGAAAUUGACAGAAGACGGUGUGCUGGACACUUACGAGUCAGGUUGA